AUGGUGCUUGAGCUCUUUCUGGACCUGUACUCAGCCCCCUGCCGUGCCAUCUACAUUUUCACCAGGAAGAAUAGCAUCCCUUUCGAGAUGCACCCUGUGGAGCUGGCACAGGGGGAGCACCUGAAACCCGAAUUCCUGAAGGUGAACCCCCUGGGGAAGGUGCCUGCCCUCAGGGAUGGGGACUUUCUGGUGGCCGAGAGGUCACAGAGCUUCGUGCCCCAGGCUUCUCUUCUGUAAAAUGGGGU